UGAUCAGCCUCCCAGAUGCCUCCCGCUGUGUUAAAAAUGGGAAGAAAGGAAAAGGGGAAGAAUGGGAAAUCUUCGGGUGCUUUAUCUUCUGAAUUUGUCUCUGACGACGAUGUAGUGGAGGAACCAAGGUCUAGCAACAAGCCCGGGCCGUCCACUAACACCGACAUGAAAGACAUGAAAAAGGAAAGGAAGCGAAAAUCCAAAUCUCAAGCUGAUGUGGCUUCUUCUCAACCGCCUGAAGACGAGCGGGUACAAAAGGGGCUUAUGGACAGCAAUUAUACUGUUAUUCGCGGUGCACUGCCGGAGGUGGAUUGGGAUGUAAUUGGGAGUAAUCCUAAUAUAGAGCUCAUAGCCGUACGUGUACCAAGGGGGCUAGAUCCCAAACAAUUGGACGGGAUGCAUAUUCCCUUCUCGAUGGCCAAUAAAUCAUCGGGGAAAACACUCUCUUUUACGACGAAGGAUGUGCAAUAUGAAUUGACUCAAGUUAAAGAGGAUUCAGGAGUUGGUGCCGACGAAAUGAAACAUCUCGCCUGUCUUCUCCCUCGAAAAGUUAAGGGUGAUCAACUGUAUACGGCACCAAAACCUCUAUCACGCCAUUUCAUUAUUCGUCAAGUACCAGAUGCGCUAUCACCAAUGAGUGCAGAAGGAAAUUCUGUGUCCCCGUCCAUCCAAGCAUCAGAAAAGCCUGUUCAACCCACAGAAUUGUUAAAGCACCAGUUCUACCCAAUCGGCUCAUUGGCGCCCGUAAGGAAACUCGAUGGAGGAAGCCCUCCUGUGGAAGAUUCGCCCCACAAGUCGAAAAAGAAGCGGAAGCAUAAACAUGAAGAGGAGGGACAGAGUUCAUCACCUCCCAAACCCAAGAGCAAGAGGAAGCACAGGAAAAGCAUCGACUAAUCCAAUGGCAUUUCCUUCACUUUCGACUGCUUUCUGGUUUCUAUGAUAACGGUAGCAAUUAUUACAAGUACAAUGGCAGUGAUAAUGUAAUGUAUAAAAUACAGCUGGGUGCUAGAGUGGGGUAUAUGUGGUCAUGAGGGGAACGGAUCCACGCUGCUCUGCAUAGUGUCAUCCUC